AAUCUCCUGUUUCCACUUCUUGUAUCACUCUGAGCUCAAAUCACAAUGGCAUGGUCUGUCCUCUUUAUUUUUACCUGCACACUUUUCUACAAAGUAAGUUCUCUAACCUGCUAUCAGUGCAUACCUGAGACCUCCAUUAAAUGUACUGAAACUACAGUGGAUUGUCCUGUCGGUCAGUGUGGGACCAUGAAAACCACAUCUUAUUUGGGAAACAAUGCAAUUUCUGAUAUGAUUAUGAAGAACUGCUCUGCAACUCAAGAAUGUGUGACUGCAUCUGUAAACUUUGGAGUCACAAAGAUCAUCAUCAACAAUGAAUGCUGUAACACUGACCUGUGCAAUAAACAGAUCAAACAAGAAUCCCAAAAUAGAAUCCCAAAUGGAAUGCACUGCUACACUUGCAAAGGAGAAGACUGUUUAUCAACUUUACCUUGUGCUGACGGAGAAGAUCAUUGUGUGAAAGCAACAGUCAUUUCAGAGGGACAGAUGAUGACAAUGAGAGGAUGUGCAACCAGAAGCUUUUGCAGAGGUGACCUGUCCUCCCAGAUCAGCCAAAACAACACAGCGGCAGUGGGUCUGACCUGCUGUAAGGGGCAUUUGUGUAACAGCUCAAAAACCCUCAUUCAGAGCCACAUGGUUCAGCUGAGCUUUCUGAUGUGUGCCAUUAUACACAUGCUGUUGUAAGGUUAUAUAAUAUGGUGAUGUUGAUCGUCUUUUCACUGACACAAUUUAAAACAAAUUAAUAUCGAACCAACAUUACUACACUAUUAAAAAUUCUGGGUUGUUGUAACCCAAUGUUGAGUGAGAUAUGGACAAACCCAACAAUGUUAUGGGUUACAUGACAACACAAUUUUUAAAAGUGUAUCCACUGCAGUUAACUACACGAUAAUGUUGUUAAAUAGUUUAUUAACGCUAAAUUAAAACUCAUAUACUUACCAAACUCAUAAAUUGUUCCUCUGCAGAACAAAAAUUACUUUACAUUAGUUAACAUGAACAGUCAAAUCAUACAUUUAUUUAUUCCUCUUUGUUAACUUUAAUUUUCUGUCUUAUCUUAAGCUCAUUAAUGUUAACGAGCACAACUUUGAAUUUUAAUAAUGGAUUAGUAAAUGUUGAUUGUAUAUAUUUACAUGCAUGGCACACAGCCUUGCAUUGACAUUAACAAUGAUUAAUUAAUGCUGUACACAUUUUUUGUUCAUUCUUAUUUCAUGUAGUAGGAAAAUAUCUAACAUUAAAGAGAUGGUUUACGCAAAACUGAAAA